GCGGGGCGGGGCGGGCCGAGCGCGGGCGGCGGCGGCGGCGGCGCGCGCCGGCCUCCGCCUCCUCCUCCUCCUCCUCCGCCUCCCGCACUCGAGCAGCCGCCGCCGGCCGGACGGGCACCGCUCCCGCCACCUCCUUUCAGCCCGCUCGGCCAGCGCCGCGCGCCCUUGCCCGGCAUGUCGGCGGCCGUGGCGUGCGUGGAUUACUUCGCUGCCGACGUGCUCAUGGCCAUCUCCUCGGGCGCCGUGGUGCACCGCGGGCGGCCGGGCCCCGAGGGCGCGGGCCCCGCCGCCGGUUUGGAGGUGCGCGCGCCGCGCCGCGAGGCCGCCCCGCCCGGGCCCCCGGGCCCGCCACCGCCGCCCCCCGCCGCCUCCGGCCCGGGCCCCGCCGCCGCCGCCGCGCCCCACCUGCUGGCCGCCAGCAUCCUGGCCGACCUGCGCAGCGGGCCCGGCGCCGCCCCGGAGGGCGCCUCGCCCGCCUCCUCCUCCUCGGCCGCCUCGUCCCCGUCCUCUGGCCGCGCCCCCGGCGCCGCGCCCGCCGCCGCCAAGAGCCACCGCUGUCCCUUCCCAGGCUGCGCCAAGGCGUACUACAAGUCCUCACACCUCAAGUCGCACCUGCGGACGCACACAGGCGAACGCCCCUUUGCCUGCGACUGGCCGGGCUGCGACAAGAAGUUCGCGCGCUCCGACGAGCUGGCCCGCCACCACCGGACGCACACCGGCGAGAAGCGCUUCCCCUGCCCGCUCUGCUCCAAGCGCUUCACCCGCAGCGACCACCUGACCAAGCACGCGCGCCGCCACCCCGGCUUCCGCCCGGAACUGCUCCGGCGCCCGGGCGCCCGCAGCACCUCGCCCAGCGACUCGCUGCCCUGCAGCCUGGCCGGCAGCCCCGCGCCCAGCCCCGCGCCCAGCCCGGCCCCCUCCGGCCUGUAGGGCCCUCUCCAGCCCGCCCUGCCGCACCCCUGCUGGGCCUGGGCACGGAGCACCAGCAAAACGCCUGCAGUCCACAGCCAGGGGCGGGCCACGGACCGACAGCCCCCGUCCCCGACCGGGGUGGGUCUGGCCCUCGGGAGCCGUGGCUGGGGCCCGCGUCUGUAAAUAGCCAUGUCGGAUAAUUCUCUUCCCACGUGUUACACAGGAACCCCUGGUGGGCGGCCAGCAGGCGCUCCCCUCCCCCCAUCGCCACCUCCCUGCUUUGGAGAGGGUGAGUCUGGGGUGGGGGGGCUGGUGAGCGGCCCAGGAAAGGUGCACCUAACCGGUGCUUGGACCCUGCCUUCCCCAGCCCCCCUCUCCAGGUUGGGAUGAUGUGUGCAAAGAGCCUUAGAUGAACCAGGGGUUACCGCGGCACCCCUGCCCCACCACGCCCGGGGCCCCUCACCCCUCUGAAAGCCAUUGGAGAUGUUCAGGGAAUUGGGGCGUGGCCCCAGCCACCCCCAUCCGGGUACUCAAUCUCAGGUGUCCACAGGUUCUGCCCUGCCACCCAGCUCCCCGGCAGUGGGGGCGGGGGGGGGGGGAGAGGCGGGGAAGGCAGUAGGAUCCAGGAUUUGCUCCUAAGACUGGGGUGGGGAGGGAGAGAAACGGGUUCUUCCAAAGAGCAUUUGACUCACAUGGAGGGGAGGGGGUAACACUGCUGCGGCUGGGGCAAAUGCCUCCUUAUUUAUUUUCCUCUGUCUCUGCUGGUGGGAAGGAGGGGGGCGGGGAGCUGCCCCCCUCUGGGUGGGUGUGUGCGCGUGUGAGUGAGGACUGCUCCUGUCAGAGUCCAGUCCCCGACUUUGGCCUUCCACAGCAUGGUGUGACAAUCAGUCAGUCCCUCCAAUUCGGGACCAUGACAGCAUCGAGCAUAAAGCCCCUGUUCCCUGCAGGUGGAGGUGUGGGGGCCGGCCCUGUCCUGCCACUGGCCCUUCUUCCUGGCGGGUAGCCCCAGUCGCGUGGCCUCUGGACCAGAGGCUGGGGUCCCACCUGUGAGGGCGGGAAGCAUGAGGGCUGACCCCUGCACCCCAUGGGAUAGCUCGUUUUUUUGGACCGGGUAGAAUAUUUUUUCAGGCACCAAUCCCUUUCCUGACCUGGGCCCUGUGGGUGGUCCGCUGUCCUGGGGGGGGGGUGUUGGGGGGAAGGUCUGCUUGAUCUGAACUUAGGGUAGGGAGGGGUAAGUGCUGUGUCCUCUCCUGGUGCAUUCCCACCACAGCUUGGGUUGGGUUUCAUUUUGCACAGGGACUGGGGACCCCCACCCUACAAUGGGAGAGCACCCAGGCUCCCUGUCCCAAGACCCUGAAAGGACCUGCGUCCCACUGUUGGCUGCAGGUUUGUGGCACCUGCGUGUGUUCCAGAACCUUUCUGUCUCCCCUUUAGGGGGCUGGGGGUUUGGAUGGCGUCGGUGUGGACCAGACCCGGCCUGGCAGGAUCCAGGGAUGGGUGCUGGGGGUCCUGGGGAGGAGGCCAGGGAAGCCCUUUUGGAGCUGGACUGGGAAGGGUCGUCUUGCCCUGUCUCUGGGUGGAUCCCUGCCGGGCUGGUCCGUCUGUACCCUAAACCCUCCUCUAGCAGUGUUGGUGAGAUGCCUUAGUCUGUGGGGCAGGCUGGGGUCCCAUUUUCCCCUGUGUCUAUGGACAUCCUCUUGGUUGUCCCACCCCUGGCUGGUGCCUCCCCACAGGAGGUGGGCUGUGGGUCUGAGGGCCCGGGAAGCCGGGGACUCAUCCCUGGCUCCUGUCUAGUGUCCAGGGGCCUGGAGAGACCUGUGCCCCUCCUCCCCCAAGGAGCUGGAGGUCACUGGGACCUGGUUCCAGCCACUUAGCUGUGGCAUCUCAAGGGGGGAAGGGGGGAGGGCUCCCCAGGGACUUGUGCUUUCAGGGGGCGGCCCCCUUCCCCUGUCCUGCCUGGCCUCUUCCUUGUAUUUAAUUAAACCCUUUUUUAAACCCGACUC